UCUGCAGGGCCUUGCGAUCGGCAGCGGAGCAGCUACCAUACCAGGCAGUGAUGCAGCCUGAGAGGAUGCCAAAUUCCAAACCAAAUUCUGCAGACUUCAACAAUCUCUCCCCUCUGUAGCAGGUGUUCCUAUAUGUGCUGUAUGUGUGUGUUGUGUGAUUUAGAGAAUCCGUUAGCCCAAGCUUUGGCUAUGAUGUGAGGAAAGUAGCCUACGUAAAAGUUUUUUAGUCGUCGUUUCCUAAUGAACGAUGAUGCACAUGAAUUGCGAGAUGCUGUAGGCUGUAGCCUGGUACCUUUCGACCAAUCACGGACGCGCCGGUGGUUCAGAGCGAUGAGCGUGGCUACGUGCAUGAAAAGAGAUCACAUGCUUGGCGCUCUUGAGUUGCCAAGGAGAUGGCUUAAGCCGAUGCCCAUGCUGUCUUCCUGAGAUGUCUGCAAUUUACAAAGACGAGAGACUCCGUACCACCCACAGGGAAGAAGACCAGUAGAGUAAAAAAAAAAAAAAAAACAGUGUUACCUUUCGCACCUUUUCUCCUCGGUUUCUUUCUGAAUCUUGUCUUUCUUCCCUGGUUAUCACUGGAGGAACAACCGCCCGACUUUUACGAUGGGAACAAGACGAUGAACACACUAUGGAUACCUCUGACAAGAGCACGUAGGAGCCUGUUCUUGUAACCUCUGCACGCUGAAGCAAGACACACACACACACACACACACACACACACACACACACAUCCAGAUAUGAUCACCUCACAUAUUAAUGGCUAUAUCAUGGACGACUCCAAAACCGGAUCCGUGGUCGCAGCAUGUAACAAAGCGGGAACCAAUCACGGGGCGGCGGAGUGGGACGCCAUGGUAGACGACACGCCCACCCCCACCGAGCCCUCUCGUUGCUCUGCCCAGAUGAGGCGCAUCCAGCACCACCAGGAGGAGCUGAGGAAGAAGCGGGAGGAGGACGGCCGUCUGCGGCAAGGCCAGACCAGCAUCAACUCCUCGCUACGGCUCAAGAAGCUGUCCCAGGACCCCUGCCCAAAGGAGGGCAUCGACAACCCCACGUUCGAGCCUGCCUAUGAUGGUGAAGAUGCUGGAUUGGAGGACUGCCCCCGUGAUAACACUCAUCUCGCAGAGCUGGACGACCUGCUGAUGUCCCUGCAUCAGGUGAACCACUGCCUGGGCACGGACGAGCAGACCCAGGAAGACCUGCAGCUAGUCAUGCAGCUGCUGCAGACCUCGGACUUCCAGACGGCCUUCCAGCUGCACUGCACCAUCGCCCUGGGCAUGCAGCGCAUCAGCCCCCCCUUCCCCCUCACCGCCCAGGCGCAGGGGCUCUGCCAGGAGGUGGAGAACAUCAUCCAGUCCAGUCGGCAUAAGGAGGGUCAGGAGCUGAAGGACCUGCUCACCUCACCCCACCUUCACGCUCUGAUGGAGGCUCAUGAUAGUGUGGCGGAGCAGGAACUGGACCCUGAGCCCAGUCAAACCACCCUGACUCAGUAUGGAGACACUGUCAAACUCGUACGGCUACAGAAGUCUAUUGACGUCCCCCUGGGUGCAACGGUGCGUAAUGAGCAGCAGCGUGUGGUGGUGAGCCGCGUGGUGAAAGGGGGAGCGGUGGAGCGUAGCGGGCUGCUGAGGGAGGAGGACGAGAUCCUGGAGAUCAACGGCAUCCCAGUCAGGGGCAAGAGCAUCAACGAGGUGCAGGAAAUGAUGUUCACCUUGAAGGGCACUCUCACCCUCCUGCUCAUCCCCUCCUCCCUCGACAUACAAUUAAACCGGCAAAAUGUGAUGCAUGUGAGGGCUUACUUUGACUACGACCCCACAGAGGACCCAUACCUUCCGUGCCGGGAGCUGGGCCUGUCCUUCCAGCGGGGGGACAUCCUACACAUCAUCAGCCAAGACGACCCCAACUGGUGGCAAGCCUACCGGGAUGGGGAGGAGGACAACCAGCCCCUCGCUGGCCUCAUCCCUGGAAAGACCUUUCAGCAACAGAGGGAAACUCUGAAGAAGAUCAUAACAGACAAGAACCCAGAAAACGCAGGAAAGAUCUGGUGCGCCAAGAGCAAGGACAAGAACAAGAAACCGAGAAAGAGGAAUGUGCGCAAACCCGACAGAAACACAGAGCGCCACAUUGAAGAUAUUUUGACUUAUGAGGAGAUGGCUCUAUACCACCAGCCAGCCAAUCGCAAGCGGCCCAUCGCUCUGAUAGGCCCGCCCAACAAGCGGCAGGACGACCUGAAGAGGAGGCUACUGGGCGCCGAGCCGGACCGGUUCGCCAGCGCUGUGCCACACACCACCCGCACCCCCCGCUCUCAUGAGGUGAAUGGGCGCGAGUACAACUUUGUGUCGCGGCUGGACUUCGAGACGGACCUGUCUACCGGAAAGUUCCUGGAGUCGGGCGAGUUCGAGAAGAUCCUUUACGGGACCACCUCCGACUCUGUCAGACAGGUGGUCAACUCAGGACGCAUCUGCCUGCUCUGUCUGCAGACCAAGUCUCUGCGAGUGCUGCGCGCCUCCAACCUGAAGCCCUAUGUCAUCUUCAUCGCGCCACCCUCCCUGGAGAGAUUGCGCACCCUGCUGUCCAGUGAUGGAAGUGCAUCCAAGGCCGAGGAUCUGAAGGACGUGGUGGAGAAGGCCCGUGAGAUGGAGCAAAACUUUGCCCACCUGUUCGACGCCAUCGUAAUCCACGACGACCAGGAACGGGCCUACCAGGAGCUGAAGCGCCUCAUAGACAAACUGGACACAGAGCCCCAGUGGGUGCCCUCCUCGUGGCUCUGCUGAGGAGCCUGAGCAGUAACGACACUCCCCUAAUGCCUUUAGCGCUGGCAGUGCUUCUCCAGUUCAGUGAACUGACCUGGGAACAGAGACAACUGCUAGCUGUUGUUGGCUGUUAAGACGUGAACUGUAAAAUCGUUCAGACCUGGAGAGAUUAGCGAAUAAUCUGAUUCCAGGUCAGUUAAGGGGCAGCUGUGGGGACAGGAAGUGGAGCGAGGACUCAUUUCCCAGCAGACUCUGUCAUAAGGGGAGACACUUCCUGCCACGUGGAAGAAAGAAAAGGAGGUGGGCCAUUGGUAGAAUGCCUGCAAAUGGUUGCCAUAGAGAUUAACUAUUUAGUUUGAAGGUGAAAAUCAGUAGGCCAUUAUGUCUGACUUUUGGAAAAAGGGGAUCUUAGGAGGGAAUUUUAUAGGAAUAGUGUGAAUGUGUUUUUUUUGCUGUUACGUUGUCAUUGACAGAUCAAUGUAUUUAUAAACUUCCAUAGGAGACAUAUUUCUACUGUACCAUGUGUAAUAUGUAUAUAAUACCUGUAAAUGCUUUUGUAGAUCAGAAUCUAAAGUUCAAUAAUGUGUGGAAUGCAGAAAUCCUGUCCAUUAGUCAACAUAUUCAUUUUUACGACCUCUCUAGCAGGUACAUAUUAAAAAAAAGUAAUAAUCCAGAGCUGUCUUUCAGAAUUGUCUCAGCAGGGUAGUUUUGGAGCCACAAAUGUCUGCAUCCUAAAGGCAGAGUGCUGACUUGCAGACUGAAAAAUCGUCUGAAAAAGGACUCUUUUAAAAAGGUCUUUGACUAUUUUCACGAACCUCUUGUGAAACAUGUCUGGUCUUACAUUUUUCAUUAUUUAUUUCUUCUGUUAUGUAUUAACUUUAUUUAGGUACAUAUUAGGCACAAAUUGAGCUGUGAAUCUGUAUCUGAAUGUAUUUCAAUCCUAUGGUAACACGGCCAAAUAUUAUCAUCAGUAUUCAAACCAAGUUGUAUUCUCUAAAGAUAUUGAAAACUGUCAAUAAAGAGGAUGCUUGCAUUUGA